AUGACCGACUCUAAGCCCAGAGAACGAGCUGUCGACUCUCCCAAAGUUUGGACAACUUUGAUUACAAAUCUGAGUUAUUUGCCUGGUCUUCUCACUCUGGACUACUCACUUCGCGUGACAAAAUCUAAAUAUCCUCUUGUUGCUCUUUACACGGACUCAUUCCCUCCUGAAGGCCAUGCUGCAUUGCGAGCUCGCGGUAUUCCCACCCAGCACAUCCCUUACCUACUCCCGACAAAGGGCAAGGACUACUCCAACGACCCACGCUUUUACGACUGCUGGAGUAAGCUUACUCCGUUCUCCCUGACUGAGUAUGAUCGUGUUGUUCAGCUUGACUCGGAUAUGCUUGUUCUGCGCAACAUGGACGAACUGAUGGAUCUCGAGCUGGACUCUCCUUCAAUUGCAGAGACGGGUGACAAGACUAUUAGCAAGCGUGUCUUUGCAGCUGGCCAUGCGUGUGUCUGUAAUCCCCUCAAGAAGCCUCAUUAUCCCAAGGACUGGGUUUCUCAGAACUGCGCAUUCACAUCGCAGCACUCAACGCCGGAUGCCGCUCAGACCGAAGCUGCGGACCCAUCGGUGGGACCAUUGGGUUUCAUGAAUGGUGGUCUGCAAGUCGUCAACCCCUCUCAGGGACUCUAUGCGCAAAUAGUCGCACAUAUGGAGGCAGAUGCAGUCAACAUGGAUUUUGCGGAUCAGUCGCUUCUCUCAGAUUUGUACCGCGAGCGUUGGGUACCGCUACCGUAUAUCUACAACGCGCUUAAGACGCUGCGUUGGGAAGGUGUGCAUGAUGCUAUCUGGAAAGAUGAGAGCGUCAAGAACAUUCACUACAUCUUAAGCCCAAAGCCUUGGGAUGAGAUUAAUGAGAAAGGCGAGUGGACGGGCAAGGAUGAGAGUCACAAGUGGUGGAUCGAUGUAAACCGGGCAAGGAAAGAGGCGGAAAAGGAGAAGGGCAUCCCUGAUGAUGGGUUUUAA